AUGGCCUUCAAGCGACUAGUCCGUUUCGCCAUAGGAGAGCGUAUCUUAUUCGGCGAUCUGCUCAGCUUUGAUGGCGGCACAUACAAAGUCAGACGAUUGAAUGGUGACCCUUUCACUGAGCUGCUGACAACUGACGAGAUCGUGCAAGUCGAUGAGCUGAAUGUCCCGAAAUACCCCCCCAUCUUUGUUAAGCCCGCCGAUGCGCUAGCUGGCCCUUUUGAUACCAUUGAAAUCCACCCCGACGCCCGUGAAAUGCUCGACUACGAAGGCGAGUUGACCGUCGUUGUGGGCCGAGAUGCUAAAAAUAUUUCCGAAGAUGAGGCAUUGGACUAUGUCUUGGGCUAUACGGCCGGAAAUGACCUCUCUGCGCGGAAUUUCCAGCUCCCCGAGGCUUCUGGGAUGCAAUUUGGCUAUUCUAAAUCUUUUGACCACUUUGGACCUAUUGGACAUACCAUUGUUGCGGCCAGCGAGGUUCCCGAUCCCCAGGAUCUCCGUCUGGUGACCCGGGUCAACGGCCAGGUCAAGCAGCAGAGUAGUACAAAUGACAUGAUCUGGAGUGUCCGGCAGAUUGUCAGCCACCUCUCGCGGGGAAUGACUCUCCGUAAGGGAACCGUAAUCAUGACCGGCACACCAGCCGGCGUGGGAUUUUUCAAGCGGGAAUUUCUGAAGGCUGGGGACGUGGUGGAGGUGGAAAUAGAAGGCGUGGCGUCCGUCAAAAAUGACAUCCGGUAUCCUUGA